AUGUCUUGGCAAGCAUAUGUUGACACCAACCUUGUUGGAACUGGAAAGAUUGCUCGUGCUGCUAUCCAUGGUCUGGACGGCAGUCUCUGGGCUACAUCCAAAGGCUUCUGCGUAUCUCCUGCAGAAGUUGUCACUAUUAGCAAGGCAUUCGGUGAUGCAUCGGGCAUCCGUGCUAGUGGCAUCAUGAUCAAUGGUGCAAAGUACUUUGCACUUCGUGCAGAUGAUCGCAGUAUCUAUGGAAAGAAGGACAAGAGUGGCGUUGUUCUUGUCAAGACCAAACAGGCUAUUUUGAUUGCAAUUUACGACGACCCUGUUCAGCCAGGCGAGGCCAACAAAGUUGUCGAGGGUCUCGGUGACUACCUUAUUAGUGUCAACUACGUAAGUCUUGAUGGACUCAUCUUGCAUUCAACUUGA